AUGUUACGGCGUAGAUUCCACGCCACGUAGGAGUGUACCUUUGAAACACUUACAAUGACGUCUUAGCAUGUGACAUUCCGGUAUAAAGGCCUUGCCUGCAGUCAUUCAGUGUAGAAUGUUCUUAAGGUUAUUUUGUUGAAUUUACAGCUGUUCCUAAUCGCCCGGGAGAAAAUAGUUGGGAGCUGCUUUCUUGAACUGCUGCAGUUCUUUUGAGGUGGAGAGACACUAACGGCGCUCUUUAGACGAAGUAAUGUCAGAAAGGGUAGAAUUGAUCGAUAUAGAAGUUUCUGAUGUUAUAGCAAUGUAACUGGUUAGUGUGGUUAAUAAACUUAGAUGCACCUGAUCUUUGUGUUAUGUGUUACCUAGCCUGAUAUAUGGAGAAGCACUUGACUAAACCGUACUGGCAGUGGUGUUUGACCUCAACCAUGUUAAAUCUCAUUCGGAUUCGUAGGCAAACGUCUAAUACUAAUGGUUCAUAGAUGACCGAGAACGAAGUUACUGAAAUGUUGCAAGAAUGAUGUGACUAUUAGAAAAGCAUGGAAAAUCAGUGGAGCAGAUUUCACUUCAGAUCCGGAUGGAAUUUAGACGAUGCGAAGGAGAAACCAUCGCCCAGUGCUGGAUUGUAAAGUAACUUUUGUACAUGUAGGUUUGCAGGGGGUCCCUCCUGGUUCAGCAUCUGCGGAGCCACAUGCUUCCUGCGGUCACGUGAGCAGCGGAGCCAGCCUCAACGAAAUGAAGGCGGUUUUUUGGCAGCUGCUGCCGCUUUCAAUGUGCGGGCUCUGAGAACAUGAAGGUGCAGGAGUGAAGGCGAGCCCGGGGCCACGGCCGCGGUGUAUGUGGCUGACUCGGCGGCGGCGCUUGGUGUGAGCGGGCCGGCCGGCCCAGCCCUGCCCAGGCGCGGCUUCCUUUUUUUUUUACCAUGACAGCGUUAGCCGCCGCCUCCUUCUUCUCCAACAUUUGCAAUUUCGGCGGAUGCGGCCUCACCUUUAACACCCUGGCUGAACUUAUCGAGCACAUCGAGGACACUCACAUAGAAAAUGAUCCAAAGGUUUUGGAGCGGCAGGAACAGCAGCAACCAUCAUAUAUCGCACUAAGUUAUAUCAAUAGAUUUCUAACUGAUGCUGCACGCCGUGAGCGUGAGCAGAUGAGAAAAAGACAUCAGGCCAAGUUAACACCAGCCCUUUCCAGUCCUGUGGGAAGGGGCGGCACACCUGCAUCACCUCACCCUGGUAACGGAAGCUCUGCUUUUCCAGGGACACCACCAGUUACACCAUCCUCUUCAGCCUGCAGUGGAACACCAACAGGCAGUGAAUUAGAUGAAGAAGAAAUUGAAUGUGAAGAUUCUGACAGUGAUGAAUCAUGGACAACAGAAAGUGCUAUCAGCUCUGAGACUAUUCUAAGUUCAAUGUGCUUGAAUGGGGAUGAUGAGAAGCCAUUUGCUUGCCCUGUGCCUGGCUGUAAAAAGAGGUACAAGAAUGUUAAUGGAAUCAAGUAUCAUGCCAAGAAUGGCCAUCGUACUCAGAGCCGUGUCCGGAAGCCUUUCAAGUGUCGCUGUGGGAAAAGCUACAAAACUGCUCAUGGGCUUCGUCACCACACUAUUACCUUUCAUCCACCAGUGUCAGUUGAUAUACUUAGAAAGAUGCAAUUGUGAGACAUUAUACCUGACUGACCUUAAAAAUGCAGGCUAGAUGUUCUAACAGGAGUGAGUAGGAAUUUUUUUUCCUCAGGAUUUACUGCUACAAGUCUUGGGGAGUAAAAAGAUUCCUUAAUAUUUGUUUUCAAGUGAAUUACUUCUGCAUGAAAUGAACAUUUUAGCUAAAACAAAAUGUGUUCCCAUAACGGCAUAAGAUGCUGCUACAAAUUAGGUACAGUGUUUUAAAUUUUAAUUUUGAAUUCCACGGAAAAUACUUUAAAUGAUUUCAGUGCUUCUAAAAGCACUUUUUCUUUAAUACUUUACAAUAUGCAAUUUUAGGUCAUAACUUAAAAUUGUCUACAGAAUAGUUUUAUUUUUUUAUUCUAUCUCAAACUUUUUUGAAAACUGUCAUCAGUUGUGUACUAAGGUGCUGCUACACUUUAAACCUAGGUGUUCCAAACUUACAGAUCCAAAUAAAGGCAAACUAAAUUUUCCACUGUAAUUUGUAGAUUAGCAGCCGAUUUUGGUGGGUUAGGUGUGGGUGUUGACGGGAGUUUUCUACCUGACCCAUUUGACAUAUACCACUAGGUUGAGUGCUGUGUUAUGUUGGAUUAUCAUGUUUUUUGGGAAGAAGAGGAUGGAGUGUGGGAACAAUCUUUUCUCACGUGUACUAAAGAUACUUUAUAUCAAUCUAUUCACAAGUAGCAUUGGCAGUUGUUACAUAGUUUUUCAAAUUCCUCUACCCUUGAUUUGAAGAAAAAAUACUGAAUUUCAAACAGCAACCUAAAUUUGGAACAUAGAUAUAGAUAGAAUCAGGUGGUGUCAGAAUCUAUAACUGGGAGUUAAAUUUACUUGAUCUGGUAAUCUGAUGCAGAACAUCAUUGUUGGUAGUUUUUGUCAUGAAAUUAGAGAAGGAAUCACCACACUAGUUAUGUAGUAAAUAAAGAAGUAUAGAACUAUAUGUAGUAAUCAUUGUUCACAGCUUAGAAAAUACUUAAUUUCUUGAGGCAUAUGUGAUCUUUAGUUUUCUAAAUCAGUAUGUGUGUUUAAUUAAAGAAGUAUGUACCAUAUGGCUCUACAUAAGGUUAGUCGGUUUGCAGCUAAAUAACGUACAGUUGCAUUUUAAAAAUUCUGUUGUCAGCAAGUUAAGCUACGAUAAUUUAGUUAGUAUUUUUGGAAGCCUGCCUAAUACAUAAUACUGACCCAGUUCUGUUUUUAUAAUUCAGUAUUACAAUACUGUGCAGUUUGGGAGGCUUCAUGAUUCUAUUUCCAUGGAUUAGAAAAUAGAGGUGCCCUGAUUUAGCUUAUAAAAUUGUAAUAUGCUCCUAUUACUUUACGUUUCCUCUUUAAAAUAAAAGGACUAACCCAUAACCGUUCAGAUUGCCCCAGUCCUAAUGUGGCAUUCUUUAUUACAUUGUUUGCAAGCUUUGAUACUUUAUGAUUACGCUUAAAAUUUGGUCACUAUUAAGAUUUUGUAGUGGCAUUGAAAAAAAAUCAAAAGAAACCUUAACAUUCCCAAACGCUUUGUGCUGUAGCUGCUAUAGACACUGUAGAUACUAUAGGAUGAAAUCUGAUCUGAAUAUGUGUUUCCUAUUUGUUGUUUUCUAUCCCCUCCACCCCAUAUUUCAAAUGGUUUACAAAUGAGAAAAGCUGAGCAGUUUGGAUUGAAGGCUUUUACAGAUGCAAUCAAUGUAGCUUUGUUAGUAAGUGUGGACCCACUAUUAUGCUGUCAAUGGAAUUCACUACUCCUGCAAAGUAACUAAAACAGCCCUUCUGACAUUUGGCAAAACUCACCCAUAGAGGGUAGCAGAGGUCAAAAGACAGCCAAAGCUGAGGUCUAAAGCUGCCUUCCUGAAUACAUUCUUCUGCAACUAUUGUUACAUGAACCAGAAUAUCCAAUCCUCUAUCUUUUCUAAACAAGCUAGGUAAACCUAAAACCUAGGUAAGUGAUAAAUAUUGUUAAACUCAAAGCAUUGUUUCCCAUGCUUGUCUGUUGAGAAAGAUCAACAACAAUUUGUCAAUUUUAAUCAAAAUGUGAAUGAUAUAAUGCUUUAAAAAUUGAAACCCCAUAGCAUAAAUGCAUGUAUUAGAAGUGAAAUCAUUCUAUAAUAACAUGAACAUUGACUUUGAAUAUUUUAAUUCAUUGUUAAUUACUGGUUUGGGAAGUUCUUAUUUGAAUGAACUUAGUUUAGAUCUGUGAUUCUAAUCACUGCUAAGAUGUCUUUUUUCACCUUGAAAAAUGCUGUUCUUUAAUAAAAGCUAGAUAGAUACUAGGGGGAGAGAUGCAGUCAUGUGAAACUCUAUCGUUGCACAAAAGCCUUAUUAAUACAGUAAAUUUUUAAAAUGUACAUCUCUUUGACAUUUACAUUGCAUCCACUUUUUAUUUCUAAUUCAACUCAUUGAAAAAUCUCCAUUUUAAUUCUGAUCCCAAAAUACAACUGAGGUCUUCACAGGGAUAAAAUGAGAAGAAAUAACCUGAAUUAUAAAAUAUGCAUAUUAGAUAUUGAGCAACAGAUAGCCAAAUGGUAUUGAAAAAGCAUUGCAUCAAGUUGUGAAAUGUACCUUGAAUUCACCCCUUAGGAAAAAGCCUUCUCAAUUAAUAUUCUAAAAUAUUCUGAACCUAGUGAGUUUGACAAUAGAGCACAAUUUUUCUCUGAAUUUCUAGGAAUAUGCUUUUUGGUGAGAGGUGGGGGAGCAAAAAAAAAGAGACAAAUUGAAUUAUGAAUCUUAAGAAAUCGGCUUUUUUAAUAAAAUGGAAAUAAUUUAUCAGAAGGUUUAAAGAAUUAAUUUUCUGAGGUUACAUCUCCAGUUCUUAAGGACAGUAUUUGGAUUGAUGGCAAUAUAAAUUCAUUGGAAAUAGGUAAGAACUUGUUCUGUGGAGGCUGGGAAAAAUGUUCUUUCUUGCUGUUUUUAAAAAACUUUCUAGCCAUAUGACAGAUUUUUAGUAAUUGAACAGUUGUCAUAAUGUAUUAAUUACGGGAAGAUAACCUUGGUUUAUGCAAUAAAAACAGAACAUGUCGGAUGUACUUAAGUCCGGCAGUAUUAGUCAAGAGGGAAACAGAAUUAUCAUUUCACAUUAAUGACCUUUCCUCAGACCACAUAUUUAUAGAGUUAGGUGUAUUCAGUUUUGUUUAGAAAAAGCAUGGAAAUAAUUAUGUUUAAUUGAGAUACUGGUGUACUUUUACGUUUCUAAUAUGUGUCAAGCAAAUUCAUGAUCUUUAAGUAUUUGAAAGUAUUUUGCAGUUUUCAAAAUGUUUUCAUUUAAUUGGAUAUUCACCAAUUGCUCAUGCACAGAUAGAAAAAAUAUAGAAAGACAUUGAAUAUUUAUUUGCAGUUAAAACUGAGUUAAAUGUACUGGGGUGUGGUGGUUAUGUGCAAAAAUAGUAAGUGCAAGACCUGAGUUAAUAAUAGAAUGAGAGUUCAAAUCCCACCAUUGCAAUUUGAAGAAAAAAUUAUUUGGUUUUCAUGUAAAUUUGGAGAAAAUGUUUUUAUUUGUUCAGGGAAUAUCAGUGACACUGAUGAGGCCAGGAGUUAUUGCCCAUGCCUAAUUGUCCAAGUAUUAUUGCAUUGUUGAAAGUGAUGAAGCUGUUAGGUUGUCUUGUCCUAUCUGGCCUAAAUGUGACUCCAGUCCCACAUCAAAAUGAUUAACUAUUAAUGAAAUCUGAUAUUUUGCAAGCUGUUACAAAGAAUGAUUAAAGCUCCGUAUUUGUAGAAGAUUAUGGAGAGCAUGGACCAGGUGGAUAGGAAGCACCUGUUCAUCUAGUUGAUGGGUCAGUAGCAAGGGGCAUCAUUUUAAGGUGAAAGGCUUGAGAUUUAGAGGGUAUUUGAGGAAAGGUUUUUUCACCCAAAGGAUGGAAAUCUGGAAUGCACAGCAUGGGAGGGCAAUAGAGGCAAGAAACCUCACAAUCUUUAAAAAAUACGAGGAUGAGUACUCGAAAUAAUAUUCAAGAUUAUGGGACAGGUGCUGGAAAAUGGGAUUAGUGUAGUGAGGUAGGUGCAGACCCGAUGAACCGAAGGGCCUCUUCUGUGCUGUAUGAUUUGACGUUUUGUGUCUGAUGAACACUUUGAAUUACUUGCAUCAUAGUCACUGACAAUAGAUAUCCCAUCAUCAUCUCAGGGCAACUAAUGAUGAGCAGUAAAUCCCGGCUUUUCCUCAUAUUCCAAGAAAGAAUUAUGGAAAGAAGUGCUACUUAAUAUUCUAAAGAUUGACUUAAGAGACUUCUUAUAUUUGAGAAAGAUUUUGCAACUUUAAAGCUACUCUUAUUUAUUCAUUUCUGUAAUGAUUUAAAGUGAUUUCCAAGUUUAGCUGUAGUGCAAUGUAUCUAGUCCAAAGGCAGUCCAUAACCAAACUACAAAUAUGAAAAAUAAUGUUUUGCUGCUACCUAAAUUUCGCAAUUUUUGGUGGAUGGUUACCAACUAUUAAUGGGGUGAUUUGGUUUCCUUUACUAGAUCCAUCCAUUUAUAAAGAUUAAUGAAUAAUCUGAAUUUAAUGUGAAUAAAUAACACUCAAUUCUUUCAGUUUUAUUUUGUGUAAUAUGAUCAACUAGUCAAUAUACAGCUGUCCAUUCCUGUGUUUUCUCUAAUGGCCAAACUGAAGUGUGGCACAGGGGAAUCAGGACUGAACAGCCUUUAGAGUCAGUGAGUUGGGGUGAAUUUCCAUGGGUGUUCUUCCGAUUGAAAAGCCAUAGGUAGUCAGGGUAAAAUUGGACAAUCAAGAGAAUUUUUAUAGAAAUUCACCCCGUAGUAUAAUAGUGAGAUUCCUCUUUCUGUUAUCAAGAUCUUGAACUUAAUUUUACUGUGUCAAUUGACAGGCAAUGACAGCAAAUAAGAAUGAUCUAACCGUCCAAAUCUGCCCUGUCUCGAGUAUAUUUACUGCAGCAGCACCUGUCAUCACGCAGUUGACCAUGACAUCCUGCUCAGGCAGAAAUAGAUUACACACACGCUAUACUCACUGAGAUGGGAUAAAAGAGUAGAGCACGCCUCGAUGAUAUGAGCCAGUUCUACACCAAAUUUUCCAAUAAUUUUCCAAUAACCAAUUGGGGAGGUGAAUUUACAAAUCUUGUGCUGACAUUGAGAAAUCAAUUCAAUAUUUAAAAGGCUAGAAUACUAUACUAGACUAUACUGUUCCAUUUUUAAUCUCUGGUGCACAAACAAAUAGCAAAGAAAUUGCUCCCUUAAGGCAUUUCUUGUAGUAAAAUUGAUGAGAAUAGUUGUCAUUUCUGCUUCAUUUUGGUAUUAAAAUGGAAACAGUUAUGUAUAUUUCUGUACCAAUGCCGAUUUAAAAUGAAAUUAGACUUGCAGCAAAUUUUAGUCAAAUUUUUAAUGACUUAAACACUGGAAUCAUUUGAAAACAACUUACAAUAACAACUUUCAUUUCCUGCAUAUUACUAAAUGUGUCAUUCCAAGAAUGAUUUGGAGAUGCCGGUGUUGGACUGGGGUAUACAAAGUUAAAAAUCACACAACACCAGGUUAU